CUAUUCAAGUUUAAACUUCAACCAUUGGAUCAAAAUAUAUUAUACCUAUCUUGCUAGAAACUUUCAAUAAAUUAAAUUAAUUAAAAAUAACUUUGAUAACAGUCACUCUUAUCUGAAUGUGAUGGAAGAGUUUUUUUAAAUUGAAUGCAUUUAACUUACAUUAAAAAUGGUAAUAGGUUAUUGAACACUUUUUAUUUUUAUUUGAUGUUUUUUAUUAAAAGUACUUUUUGGAAAUAAUUGAAACAUUCUAGAAAUUACAUUAUAUUUCAACCAUGUUCGCACCGGUGAAAGAUACAUUUCUUUAUUUUGCUUACGGAAGCAAUUUAUUGAAACGGAGAAUCCAUAUAAAUAAUCCUUCAGCAGAAUUUCUUGGUGUUGGCAGGCUGGAUAAUCAUCAAUUAGAUUUUAUAAAGUAUAGUGACCACUGGAGGGGAUCAUCAGCUACAAUUGUACCAAUUCAAAAUGCUUAUGUUUGGGGUGCUGUCUGGAGAAUACAAAAUAAAGAUAUGCCUGCCUUAGAUAGGCAAGAAGGUGUGGAUACAAAUUGGUAUUUUCCUAAAACUGUUGACAUUGAGACACUUGAUGGUACCAUAGUUCAGUGCAGGACAUACCAACAGACAAUAAAUCCACCUCUAAGAAAAGAAGAUGAGGAUAUUCCAAAUGAAAGACGGCCAUCCAUAACAUAUUUAGACUGUAUAAUUAAAGGAGCAAUUGAAUGUAACUUACCAAAAGAGUAUUUGGUUAAACUUAAGAAAAUUCCUCACAAUGGACAAAAAGCUUCUCCAAAAAUGAUAGAAAAAUUGAAUUUGUAACUACUUACUAGGUUUAUUUUUUGAGGUUCUAUGUUUAUUGUAAAUGUAAUCUAUGUGAUAUGCAGGCUGUUAUGAAUGACAUCUCAAAAUUCUUCUAUAUUAAUGUCAUGGUGAUUAUUAUAUAUUGUAAUGUCUAUGUAAC